AUGCCGAGCCUCGCAUUGAUCAAUUUCAACAUAGUCUGCGCGACACUGGGAGGCUUUGUCUCUCUUUUCGGACUGGUAUCUUAUCUUUGCAAGGAGCAAUUUUAUCUCUCUGAAGCAUUGAUCUCAUUGCUUGCCGGCGUAGCAUUCUCGCCUCAUGCAGCCAAUUUCAUAAGACCCGAAGACUACGCGCUGCACUCGCAGGAAAAUCUCGAUGCAAUCACCUUGCAUUUCACACGCCUGGUGCUCGGCGUGCAGCUGGUCCUAGCCGGAGUGCAGUUGCCAAAGCGAUACCUGCAGAUCGAAUGGCGGAGCUUAUCGCUACUUCUGGGUCCCGGAAUGGUUGCCAUGUGGUUAUUCAGUAGUCUCAUUAUAUGGGCUAUGAUUCCGAACUUCCAGUUCCUCCAUGCUCUGAUCGUGGCUGCUUGUGUAACGCCAACCGACCCCGUCCUGUCUAACUCCAUUGUCAAGGGUAAAUUUGCCGACAAGCAUGUCCCCCGACCGUUGCAGCGAAUCAUCGUCGCCGAGUCUGGUGCUAAUGAUGGUCUCGGUUACCCGUUCCUCUUCUUUGGCAUUUACUUGCUAAAGUAUCUGGGUAUGAAUGGGGCGGGGUACACCGGUGGCGGAGGGAAGGCUAUGGCGCUGUGGUUUUAUGAAACCUGGGUCUACACCAUUCUGCUCAGUGUUGUUUAUGGCGCUGUUACUGGCUGGCUGGCUAGGAAGCUGCUUCAUUGGGCGGAAGAAAAGCACUACGUGGACCGGGAGAGCUUUCUGGUUUUCGCAAUUGCGCUCGCGCUAUUUGUUGUAGGAACUUGCGGUCUCAUCGGGACUGAUGACCUUCUCGCAUGUUUUAUUGCCGGAAAUGUCUUCACUCAAGAUGACUGGUUCCGCCUUGAGACCAUGGACGACUCUCUCCAGCCUACUAUAGACAUGCUGCUCAACCUAGCUGUCUUUAUGUGGUUCGGCGCCGUUUGCCCUUGGCCGUCCUUCUUAAACAACGACAUCAUCCCCAUCUACCGGCUUGUCUUUCUGGGAAUUCUCAUUCUCAUCGUUCGCCGAUUGCCGAUUGUACUUGCCAUGCACAAGUACAUCCAUCAGAUCGAGCACUUCUCACAGGCGUGUUUUGUCGGCUUCUUCGGCCCAAUUGGCGUUGGCGCAGUCUUCUACCUUUCAAUCAGUAGAGAGUUUUUGCUCGACAUCAAAGUCGAUGGCAAAACCCGAGAAGACGCCCAAAGGGUCGCCGACGCCGUGAACGUCGUAGUGUGGUUCUUGGUUAUCUGCAGCAUUGUCGUGCAUGGACUUUCUGUACCAGUUGGAAAAGCCGGCUACCACCUACCACGAACGAUCUCAAGUGUUAUCAGCACAAGCAUCGACGAGCCCGAGCCCGUUCCUAUCUCCAACUCACGUAACACGCAUAGCACCGCAAUUCCGCUGUCAGAUGAUAGUUUUCGAUCUCGCAAGCGUGGUAUUCGUUCAGCUACACCGAAUCCGCCAAUCUUCCGCAUCGGCCGCUCUGUGAUUAAACCCUCCACAAACGAGCAACAGCCUGGUGCCGGACAGACCGAUGAACCGGAGCGACCGGUCAACCUUGUUGUUCAUGAAUCUCCAACGAUUUCAAAUGAUGGCGUAGAGGCUUCUGAAGCUCGCGUUGUUUGA